GCAACAGCAGUUUAAACGCUUCCCAUAAUGCACUCCCCGAUCAUCAGCGGGAAACCAAAAUGGCGAACGUGCUGGGGGAAAAUGAACCGUUUGUUAUCUUCUGAAGAACGCACGAUUCCCGCAAGUUUCCGCGACAUACUUUUGAGAUAAACUCAAACACAGAAGAAGCGGGAUAACCUUUGUCGUUACUAUAAUUGUUAUUUUUUUGUUCCAGUGAUUUGUAGAACCAGAGGUGACCGAAUGAGAGACUCAGGGGUUGUGGAUCACCUGUCUGUCCAUCACAGAGCCCUCCCACAGCGGCAGCAGCAGGCCGUGCCCUUGUCUCCCAGCAGCCUCUCUGCUCAGGGGGAGUAUGGAGAGGAGGGCAUGUCGGACAGGUUCACAGAGGGGCAGGACGUCUUGGCCCGGUGGUCAGACGGUUUGUUCUACUUGGGGACAAUCACCAAGAUAAAUCUGCAGAAGCAGAGGUGCUUCGUGGUUUUCGAGGAUCGUUCAAAGUCUUGGGUCCUGUGGAAGAAUAUUCAGACAGGGGACGAAGAUGAUGCAGAUGAUGAGGACGAUGACAUUGUGUGCUCUAUAUGCCAGGAUGAAACAUCAGAUGAACCCAAUGAAAUUGUCAUUUGUGACAAGUGUGGCCAAGGCUACCAUCAGCAGUGUCACUCCCCCGUCAUCGAUGCCUCUGUCAUCGACUCCGAUGACAAGUGGCUCUGUUCAGAGUGUGAGCUCACUUCUUUGCCUAAGAGGGGGGGUGCACACAUGAGGGCAGGGUCUGCUAAGGGCUAUCUGCAGCAGCAGCAGCAGCAGCAGCAGCAGCAGCAGCAGCAGCAGCAGCACAUGGGGCUUCACCUGACCCUCCCAUACGCUCUGGAAGAACUGGUCUGGGAUCAGGGCCACAAGACUAACAUCCAGCAUUGCUACUGCUACUGCGGAGGGCCAGGAGACUGGUACCUGAAGAUGCUGCAGUGUCACGGGUGUGAGCAGUGGUUCCAUGAGGCCUGUCUCCACUGCUUACAGAUGCCCAUGCUCUAUGGAGACAGGUUUUAUAUGUUCAUUUGUUCCGUUUGCAACGGUGGACCUGAGUACAUCAGCCGAAUGCAGCUGGGAUGGGAGGAUGUGUCGCACCUGAGCCUGUACAACCUGAGCGUCAUCCACAAGAAGAAGUACUUUGAGUCUGAGAUGCACCUGAUGAGUUACAUCAACGAUAACUGGGAGCUGCUGCAGCUGGGGGAGCUCGCCAACACUCCCAUGUCGGAGCGCUAUGAAAGGGUUCUGGAUGCGUUAAACAACAACAACAGCAUGUUCAUGUCGGGGAAGGAGGUAAAGAAAAAGAAGCACUUGUUUGGGCUGAGGAUCCGUUACCCUCCCGCUCCCCCAAACUCUGAGCCAACCAGCAGAAUGAUGGAGAGGGCUUCACACGAGAUCACCAUCAAGGGAUGCAAGUCCACGAAGGCCCUCCCUGGCAUGAGACCUUGCUCUAGUUUUACCAAUGGGACGGAGAAGAAGAGAAAAAGAAAGCAAGGACCACAACGCAGUGAGCUCUUCUCCCACGAAGUUAGAAAGCCUCUACUAGAACCCCACACAACGGAUCACUCUAUCAAGAGUGAAAGGUCUCAGCUGUCUUCAACAACCUCCGAUAUGGAGUCCAUAGAAGCCCUGAGCACCACAGAAACUACCUCAACCAGCAUUUCAAGACAGUCCAGCCUCUGUAGCUCCAGCAAGCCGCGCCCCACAGCCUGCACCAUGCCCGUUUACCCACCCUUAAAGAGGAAACGCGGGCGGCCCCGACGGGCCCUGCAGCCCCCCAACCCAGAGAUCCCCCCUCCUAGCCACGCAGAGCUGAACCCCUCCGCUACAGAGAUGCCGACCCCGCUGCCGGGGCUUCACUCCACAGACAUAGUGCACGGCAUGGACCCCAACAGCCAGCUGUCCCACCUGAAGAGCUCUAUCAGCAGCUACUUCGGAGCAGCGGGGCGGCUGGCCUGCGGGGAGAAAUACAAAGUCCUGGCACGCCGGGUCACCCUCGACGGAAAGGUGCAGUACCUGGUGGAGUGGGAAGGAGUCACCGCCUCCUAGACUUCUCAGCAUCUCGCCUCUGAGCAGCUCCUGCAGGAGGAGUACAGCUGUGCUAAGGACUUGUGCACACCGCCUGCAUCAGAGCAUUAACUGAGAAAUGCCUUGGUUUAGAUAAGAGCAAGUUGAGCUGACUGCAAAGCCUACUGGUUCAGUGCACAUUUCAUCAUGUGUUUAAAGUUUACACUUCUAGGAUCAAGUCAGGGUACUGUCAUUGCAUCACAUUUAAAUGUUCACAGCAUCCCCGAUUAAUUCGGUUCAGAAUAAUUGAGCUGUGCACUGCCCAUGUAGGCUUUCAGUGAAUCACUGUUCUUAAUUUCAAAUCCAGUUAUAUGCUCUCCGUUUUCAUACCAGUUCAGUAUCAACUACGUUUUUUUGCCAGAAUGUAGUUAAUCACUCAUUGAAUGGUAGAGACAGAGAGGACACUUUGUUCUGAGAUUUUUUAUUAAUUUCACUAUUGCAAUGAACAAUUAGAUUUGAUGAUUAAAAUUCACUUUCUUACCCUUUGGGUAAAUAAAACGUGUUCCCUUAAAACAGCCUCCCCUCUAGUCGCAGUGACGAGUACCUUCAGCUGUGUUUUGGAAAGUGUUCAGGAGGAGCUCAAUACACAAGACAUGUGCUGCUGCAAAUGUUUUAUUUUAUAUAGAAUUAUACUACACUUAUUAUUACCUUUUCCUAUUGUGUUUUCGCAUAAUGCUUUUAUUUACGUUCAGCAUCUUGCUCUCGUUUCAAAGUACAGAUUUCACAUCCAAUGAUAAUCUGUGCUCUUGAACUGCAAAUCUGAGCUGCAGUGUCACCCACGGUAAAGCUGAAAUCCCUUUUUAUGUUGGGUGACUCUCCCAGUUAAUAUGUAAUUAUGAGAGUCUGUGCGUAAAUGGUGCCCAAAACCCAGAGGGCUUCAAGUAAAUACUUGGUUAUAAGAUUUACUUUUUGAGGAGCUCCACUGCCUUAGUCUAACUGCGUAACCUUUAAAACAUUUUGAUGAUUCAAAUGAAUGUUGACUGAAAUAUUUAAGGACCUAUUUAGUUUUUCUCCUCAUUGUUAUUCAAAAUAAAUAAAUUGCUGCAUAUCGAGAAUGUUGUUUACCCAGUUCCAAAACUUAGAGUUCAGAAGUGGUUUUUUUUGUGUGUGCUGCCUAUGCAAGUUAGUCCUGGAUACACAUAGAACCAUACAAAGAGGAGCAUUAUUGUUGUGAUAAUUUGACUCUUAUUUCAUUUUUUUUUACAGUUAAAAUCACCUACUAGUUUACACACUCAGGAUGCACCCAAAAGCUAUACUGUAUUGCAUAGGCCUGUAUUUGCGGCGCAAUGGAGGUUGUUAUUGUUGAUCAGUGUUUUUACAUCAGCUCCUCCAUUGGUUGGACCAUAUGUAUGUAAGCUUUUUUUCUUAGCAAAAUUAUAUUUUUGUCCAUUUUGUACUGCAAUGCUUUUUUUUCUGCUUGUUUAAUCCGAGUCACAAAACAAUCACUGGAAAACUAACAUGCUGUAUGUCAUUGCAUGAGGUUCACAUUCAGUUCAGAUGUCUCUAUUUCGAGAUAUUUGUUAACAUGGACAGAGCUUUUUGACAUUGAUACCUCUUCUUUGUACGGACGUAGUCGGUGCAUGUGGAGCUUCUCCUCAGCCAGUGUCUCAGCCACAGACUGUAUGAUGAAAUGGUAAUGUAUACGGUCUCUGCUUUCAUGUUGCUACCACUGGCUUCCAGCAGGCUUCUGUAGCCAAAGAACAUACAUGUUACGUCUGCUUUGUCUCUUGAGAUUCUUCUUCUUACAUUUUUUAUACAUGAUUAUAUAGGUUGACAUGUUACUUCUAAACCUGCUUAGUUAAAGGUUGAAUAAAAGCCGAUAUUUUGAACUAC